GACAGCAAGCACUUCAAUAUGCAGCACUGUUUAAAGCUAUAGGCUUUGGUAUGUAUCAUAAUCACAACGCAUUGACUGCUAGCGUUCUUAGCGUUCUUAGGAAUACAUUAUUAUUAGUGCCUAUGAUUACAAUUGCCAAUGAAAGGAGACUCAGCAGAAGAAUACAUUAUCCUUGUGUCGAAAGCUCUCCAGCAGACUGUGACUUGCAUAACUGGCUUGGGAUUGAAUCGGGACCAUAGCCGUGAAGGGGAUAUAUCAUCCUCGCAGAGACACUGGAUGGGGGUGCUCCUAUAGCAUGCAGACUGGUGCAGACUCCCAGUAAAGCACUGAUUUCAGCACCACGAGCUGUGGACAGCAGCCGCGACACUGACUGCGGAGCCUUGGAUUAAUACACUUGCAUUGUGUUUUCCUAAGCUGUACCCAACAUGAGAUCACAUACAUCACAUAACACCUGAAGCUGGAUACCCACCGUCAUGCACUGUGAAUGUUUGGCACCAUUGGAUAUAUUUACCAAUGUCCCUAAAUGAGCAAUGGGAUAUUACAAGAUUGUGGAAGUUUAGACAAAGCAUUGCAUUCACAAAUACGCAGGAUGCUCAUUGUGCUUUCUGCAAGGAGAUGCUAAACCUUGUUUUUACUACAUAGCCCUGGAUUGUUACACCAAGCACACUCAAUGUGCAAUACUGUUUGGCGUGCCUUUAAGGACUUUUCAAUGGGUAUUCCAUACAACUGCUAGUAACUUUAUGGCAAGUAGAAGCCUAACGUUUAUGCAAUACGAAUAAUCUUUUUUUUUUUAAUUGUGAAUUGCAGUGGGAGAGACCGCAGGGAAGCAGACCACUAAAAUGUAUGGAUUUAUUAACACCUGCUUGAAGUCGCUAGUGAUCGAGAAAUAUGGUGAAGAAACAUGGGACUUACUAAGAAUGAAUACUGGAGUGCAGGACACGUUUAUGACGUAUGAAGUUUACAAGGAUGAAAUAACAUUGCAAUUAGUUGAGCAGGCUUGCCAGAUGCUGGGUGUUUCGCAGGAGGCGGUUCUGCAGCAGUUUGGAGAGUAUUUCUUUGAAUUCUGUAAAAGGUCGGGCUAUGACCACAUGUUGAGGACUCUAGGUGGAAAUCUUUAUGAGUUUAUUGCUAAUCUGGAUGCCCUUCACAGCUAUUUAUCACUCUCUUACCAGGCCAUGAAUGCGCCGUCUUUCAGGGUAGAGAUGAAUGAGGAUGGCUCAAUGCAUUUGCAUUACUACUCAGACAGAAGAGGUCUAUGUCACAUUGUUCCAGGUAUUAUGGGAGCAGUGGCAAUGGAUUUUUUCAAAACUGAAAUUUCUAUGGAAAUAAUCAGUGAAUCAGAUGAAGAAGAGAGAACGGGGAAGAAAGAACACAUCGUUUUCCUUGUCACUCAGAAACCGAUAGUUCCACCAAAAACCUCCAAUAAACCGGUUUCCCAGCAAAAUAACAAACAGAACAUUGAAAAUGCUGUAAAUAAAAUUAGAGAGAGAGCAAACCAGGUGUCUGUCUGUCCUGUCAAGAAGAAGAAUCAUUGGGGAACCAUACGAGGCAUUGUUCAGUUUGGAAGAGGUAAAAUGCUGAGGGGAUUCAUCCCAGUGUACCCGAAGACUCUCUGGAUUGACAUUAAAACAUUUUGUAAUGGGCUCCCCUUUCAUAUAGUAUUUGAUGAAGAGCUGAGAGUGAAGCAGGCUGGUGUGAGCAUACAGAGGAUUGUGCCAGGUCUGCAGACUAUGGGCAUUCGUCUGGAUCAGUAUUUUAGCACCGUGCACCCGGAGGUCACACUGACCAUAUCCAACGUCAGGAAGUUCAUCAACAGUCAGUUUGUAUUUAGGACUAAAAGGGAGAUGAUGCCUGAGUCAUGGAAACAGCGCCCAAUGCUAGAAUUGAGAGGUCAGAUGAUAUGGAUGGAAUCUAUGAAAUCCAUGUUAUACUUGUGCUCUCCCCUCUUGCGGAACUUGCAUGAGCUGGAGGAGAGGCAGAUGCACAUCUCCGACAUAGCGCCACACGAUGUCACUCGGGACCUAAUUCUGCUGAACCAGCAACGAUUGGCUGAGAUGGAGCUAUCUAAUCAGCUGGAGAGGAAGAAGGAAGAACUGAGAAUACUGUCCAAGCACUUAGAGGAAGAGAAAAAGAAGACUGAAGCUCUCCUCUAUGCCAUGCUCCCAAAGCAUGUGGCCAACCAGCUGAAGGAGGGCAAAAGGGUAGAAGCAGGUGAAUUCAAGGAGUGUACAAUAUUAUUUAGUGACGUGGUAACAUUUACCAACAUUUGUGCUCAAUGUGAACCCAUCCAGAUUGUCUCCAUGUUAAAUUCUAUGUAUCUCCGCUUUGACAGAUUAACAACAGUGCAUGAUGUCUAUAAGGUGGAAACUAUAGGUGAUGCCUACAUGGUGGUGGGUGGUGUUCCCAUCCCUGUCUCUACUCAUGCUGAACGAGUUGCAAACUUUGCGUUAGGAAUGAUACUUACAGCAAGAGAAGUAAAGAAUCCAGUAACGGGAAAUCCCAUUCAGAUACGAGUUGGGCUGCACACUGGUCCAGUCUUAGCUGGAGUUGUAGGAGAAAAGAUGCCGCGAUAUUGUUUGUUUGGAGAUACCGUAAACACAGCUUCUCGGAUGGAAAGUCAUGGUGUUCCUAAUAAAAUUCACCUGAGUCCAGAUGCCUACAGAUGUCUUAGUGAUAAAGAAUUUGAAAUAAAGGCACGGGGAGAAAUCGAUGUGAAAGGAAAAGGCAAAAUGUGUACGUACUUCCUGGUGAGAAAUGUAAUCGCACAAGAAAAUGAGAUUUUAGGAAGGCUGGGGAAGGAGACAGAUUCAGGCCGGGAAUCUUCCCAAUCUCUGCAUGAUGAUCUCAGUAAGGGCAUCUUGCAAAUGACAAGUACUCAAGCUACACAGGAGGAAGACAUCCAGAAUUCAUGUCCUCCUAUACCAAUGCACUAUGAUGAUAGCCCACUCUUCAGUGCUACGGGAAGACACAAGGAUCUAGCAGGCAAAUCACGUGAUUCAAGGAUCUACGGAAGUCUCUGCAACCUCCAAAGCGUAGAAGACGACCAUGUCAAUAAAGUAUCAAGAGAAAAACAGGAAAAUGCUCACAUCAGGUCACACUUCUGCACUGUGCUUUAGUGUCUCCUCAAUAGCUUGUACUAUAUUAUAACACAGAAUGUAUUUCGUAUGUCACAGAAACAGACCACAGUUUCACAAUAUUUUGACCAAAGCAACUGAGAAAAAUGCAAGAAACAAAAAAUGUAUAUCAUUCACACUUGCCCAUCUAUGAACGAAGUCUAACAUGAACUAGGGUUAAGAGUAACAGUAUUGCAAGUGUUGUGAAUAUAAUAUGUAUUUGUGAGAUUUGUGCUGAAAACCAUGCACUGAUCUAUCUGUGCCCAGAAUGAUGGGUGGGAUUCCCAUCUUUCCCUCCUACAGUCGGCACAGUCAGGCUAUGCACCCAGUCAUUACAUAAUUAAGGGUGUAGAGAUUGUGCAUAUUUGAAGGCAUUUCUGUGUUUGCAGGGAACACGGAGCUGUACAAGUUGUGCAGAGGGAUUGUGAAAAUCAGUGCUGCUCCAUGUACUGUACAUAAAACAUGCUGCCAUAACUGCACAAUGUGCAGAAAUAUUAUAUAUAAAGCAAUAUACAGUAGACAAAAAGAAUGAAAUUGACAUAAAAGCAGCUGCAACAUUCACUUUGACUCUUUAGAAAAUUAAUAGAGUUAGUUGAGCAGUAUAUUAAGAAAUAUGUAAAUGUUUUAACUACUGAGGAGAAGGUGUCAGUGUAAUAUUAGGUCACACUUGAUGGAAUGGACAGCUCUGAAUGUGACACUAGGUCAUGCUUGGUGGAGGGGACAGCUCUGAAUGUGAUACUACUGUACUGUAGGUCACACUUGAUGGAGGGGAAUCUCUGAAUGUGUCACUAGGUCAUACCUGGUGGAGGGAAAUCUCUGAAAGUGAUACUAGAUCAUACUUGGUCAAUGGGAAUCUCUGAAUGUGAUACUAGGUCACACUUGAUGGAGGUCAGGCUCUGACUUUAAUACAAAGUACCUCUUGGUAGAAACAAGCUCUGCAUUUAAUACUGGGUCAUGCUUGAUGGAGGGGAGCUCGAAUUUGAUGCUGGGUCAUGCUUGAUAGACAGGAAUCUUUGAAUUUGAUAGUAGGCUACACUUGGUGGAGUGAAAUCUCUGAAUUUUAUAGGAGGCUACACUUGGUGGAGUGGAAUCUCUAAAUUUGAUACUUGGUCAUGCUUGGUGGAGUUGGAGGUCUGAACAGGGUGGACUGGCUCACAGAGAUACAGUACAUUGGAAGUCCCUAGUGGUCUUCACUGCCUGUGGGUCUACCCCCUCAUGUAGGUAUCAGGUUCAUCCUGUGCACUCAAAUUAUACAUUGUUAGUCCAUUAGAGGAUCAGUUACCUGGUGGUGCACGAUUCUGACAUAAUACUGUAGGUCCAGCUUGGUAGAGGGGAGGUCUGAAUGUGAUACUAAGUCAUGCUUGGUGGAAGGGGAGAUGUCAAGAUGAUAUUAGGUUAAGCCUAGUGAUAAAAGUUCUCAUUCACCUUUAUAAUGCAACGAUCAUGCACAUCAGAAGCUCAUCAUUAACUUACUGUACAGUAGUUUCAUUGCAUUGGUGCACCUGUGUAUGCUUGGAGCUGUAAAAGUACUGUAGGUGCUGUUUAGUUUCUUAUGCCGCGUGAAUAAUGUUCCUCAUAGAUAAUACCCUCAACAUUCAUUUUUUAUAAAAAAAAAAAAAAAACCUUUGAGGCCAUUUAAUUACCUGAAAUAUUUGAACCUCAAAGUUCCAUAAUCUUCUUUUAGCUAGACUGCCUUCCUCAUAUAACAUACGUUAGAGGAUGAUACAAGCGUAAAACACAACAUGUGACAGUUCUUCAGGUAUAAAUGUAGCAAUAAAAAUAUGGACUGUAAAUAAAAACCAAUGGUAAUGAUGAUGUACUGUUUAUGUGUGAGUUGUGCUGUACACCUACUAUAGUUAGCUGACACUUGCGGAUACCGGAUAGUGGUGAUGACCCAGUUGCAGCUACACAUUGAUGCAUGAUAUGUAUAUUACUGCAAGAGAGGUUUGUGUUAGUCACCUUCUGUCUAGAGUAGCGUGACGGCCAUGGUAGCUGACGUCAUCUACUCAGAUUUAUCUGUGGAAUUUCUUUGGUUUUAUAUGUUCUCAAAUAAAUAAAUAAAUAAAUUAAUUAAUUCAUUAAAUUCAAAGUAAAGAAUAGGAAAGCAUAAUAAUAUUUCCCCCUGGGAUAGUCUGCCUCUAAACCACACACAUUUGUUGGUAUAAUCCCAUAGAUCAUAACUGUUGAGUGUGAAAAAUCUAUGCAGUUAUUUCAAAUGCUGUCCUGACUGCUUAAUUAGUGAUUAACAUAUCUGCAGAGAGAAAAUUGGAUAACAUAUUAAUGAUAUCAGUGAGCGAUACUAUAAUAUUGUACAUUAAAUGAUGUGACGUGAAUGGGUCAGUGUGCUCUUUCUGUGCUAAUGGGCGCUAUUUACUCUCUUAGGGACACAUCAGUGAGCCUACGAUAAUGAGUUUGAGAGCGUGACAAUUCAUUUAAUGUAACUCUGGAGAUAUUGUUUCAAUAUUGAUGGAGAAAAUGCAUUUAUCUGUGUGUAGCACGAUUGUGAUUCCUGCUGUGAGCUGGGGGUGGUGUGAGUUAACAGCUGGUGGAGAAGAUUACAAAUUACAGGUCUGCCAGGCACUAAAGCUCUGCUCUGUAAGGAUGACAGCUCUGAAAUAGCCUUUCACCAUUGCUGCUUUUAUUAUGUGAGGACAUAAUGAAUAAAACAUGGCACGCCUCAAGAUUUAACCUUCAAAUAUCUACUCUGUAGGUUGAAGCCGUUGUGACUGCACAAUUUGCUAGUAAUGUACAAAGAAGGACAAAACGUGUGGCUUUCAGCUACAUAUGGAAGCUACAGAAACGUGUAAUUUAGACAUAAACCUGUGUACUGUGCAGAAACGUAUUUCUUUUUCCUACGUGUACCCGUCUUGUUCUGUCUGCUGUGUAUACUUUCCUAAGGCUUCUAAAGGAAGGACGACAUUGAAGGACACUUAUGGAGCUCAACAAGAGUCAGCUGUGAUAUAAUUCAAUGUCUGUGUCUAAUGUGAAAUAUAUUAUAUUCUGUCACAGUAUUUUUACAUACAGUAUAUGUAGCCUGCGUUAUUUACACAUACACAGACAUACUGUAUAUGAUAUAUGUUUUCAUGUGUGAUGAGGUUGUACCUUAACACUUCAAAUAAAACUGCUUGCUGCAUCUUAGAACCCAUGCUGUAUACUACUAUAUAUAGACAUUUUAGUUGUAUUUGAAGUUUGUUAUAUUUUUGUCACGGCAACUUUACUUCUCAUUGGUAUUUCAUUUAUUACUUAAUAUUCAAAUAUGUCAUGAUACAUGGUAACAUCAAGGACCGGAUGUAAUGCCACCCGAAUUCGGCGGCCGUGCGGGACGUUUUUGUAAAGGUCCAAUCACUUGCAAGGCAUGGUUUUGCCUUGUAAGUGAUUGACCCUUUAAAAAAGAGUCCGAGUUCAGCUGGCAUCACACACUUUUAAAAAAGUGCCGACACGCCCUCACAUACCUACCUGUAUGCCAUCCAGUUCUUCAUCCUGCUCAUAUGCCUCAUCCUCUUCUGAAGAUCAAACUGAAGCAAUUAGGCAAAUGUGCCUGUAGCAGUGAUGUGCGGUGAGGUCAAUGGCUGGAGAGGCACUGGCUAGUAUCACAGCCAGAUUUACACAUGUAAAAAUGAUUAGAAAUAUACAACUAUGACUAUAAAAAUGAUAAUACAAAGGUGAUUGUAUUAUACAGUAUAUCACAUACAAAGAUGAUGUUGAAAGUUAUAAAUAUCUUCUUUGUAGUAUUCUAAUCAUUUUUAUUGUCAAAACUGUGACGUACGCUGGAGUAUGACAGGUGUGGCUCUGCCGUCCCCCCGUUCCCGCCUACCCUGACCAUCCAUCACUGGCCUGUAGCACUGGCCACUGAGUAACCCAGAGAGGGUGUCUGUUUUUAUGUGUUCUGCAGACCUAAAAACCUCUUGGGCUUUGCAAUGCUGUCUAAUCAUCAGUGACACUGCUAAUCACCCAUUGCAAAAAGCAACUAAUUAAUAAAAUAUGAACCCCUAAGACUUAGCUUAACAUUUUUGAAGAGGAUUUAUAUGUUUAAUUUGAAUGUAAUUAAAACCAUAAACCAUUUUCUGCAUUCUAAAUUCCAAUGUGCCACGCAUUGCGCAAUGUUAAAUUGUUACACGUAGGGAUAGGCCGUUUUGCAUUACUGUUUCCUGUAUUACUCUUGAAAUCUGUUGAUUAUUUUAAGGUGUAAAUAUACUUUUAUAUGGAACAUUUUUAUCCGGAAGUAUUUGUGUGUAUUAUGAGUAUAUGUAUACAAUGUCAUCCUUUUAAUAAAGACACAUUUUUGCA